AUGCCCUUCGACCGACGCCUCCUCCUAACCACAACCCUCUCCUUCCUCUCCGGCUUCACCCUGGGCUCUCUCUCCGCGGGGCACAUGGCCUCUUUACGUUUCCGGGCCGAAAACGCGCACCGCCUCCCCAUCUCCAACCCGGGCUGGUAUCUCUACCACAAAUCCAAAAACUACUACAAAUGGCGCUACGGCAUUGUCGAAGGGCUGCGCAAAGGAACGUAUAUAGCAGCGUGGAGUAUGGUGUUCUUUGUAGUAGAGGAGAGUCUGGAUGUUUUUAGGGGGACGUGGAGGGCCGGGAGGACGAUGAAGGAGAUGGAGGGUGUGGAUGAGUUGGACUUACGGAAGAUUGAAAGAGGAGUGAGUGGGAGUAGGGAUUUUGUUAGUAGUGCGCUUGCGGGAAUGGUGACGGGCGGGGUGUGGAGUGCGUGGCAUCAGUUUCCGGUUUCGACGGCUGCGAGGACGAUACGCUUGGGUUUGCUGGUUGGAUUGGGGUUUGGGCUUGGUCAGGAUGGCUUGGUUUGGGCAAAGGCGAGAUGGGGUGGGGGAAGGGAAAGUGAGAGUUGGAUUUAUAGGGGUGCGAGGAAUAGGAGGGUUGAGGAGGAGGUUAGGAUGAGUUUAGAGAAGGAUUGA